ACGCAAUGGCUUAGCCGCCGCCCCAUUUUACCACUCCUUGUCUCACUCUCCGCCCCCGACGUCAGCCGAGAAGGAGCAGAGCUCCUGCUCCUCCGCCACUCGCAGCCGGGCGCGCGCCAACCGCUCCCGGAAAUGCCGAGCCCGAAGAUGCUCAGGCCUCUUUCGCUCCUCGUCGUCCUCCUCUUGCUCGUCGACUCGCCGGCGCGUGCCGCGGGGGCGGGCGGCGGCGGCGGAGGGAACGCGACGUCGGAGCCGUGCCCGCUCGACCUGGGCUACGUGCGCACGUUCCCGUGGGACCCGACGCCGUGCGCGGGGGCGGCGCCCAACAUGACGGCCUGCUGCCAGACGCUGCUCUCCCUGCUCGGCAUCGGCCUCGCCGAGCGCCUCCGCGCCACGGGCCGGUUCCGCCUCCCGUCCGCGGCCGCCUCGGAGGCCUGCCUCGACGGCGUCUCGGAGCUGGUCUCCGGCGCGCCGGCGGGCCUCCCGGGCUCGUCCCUGGUGCCGAAGUGCUUCCCCGACCCGGACCAGCUCGCCAUCACCCCGUCCUACUGCGCCGGCGUCUCCACCGUUGCGGAAUUCGAGGCCGCCGUCGGGAACGACUCCGUCCAGGCCCUGAACUCCUCCUGCGGCCCCGACCUCUCCUCGCCGGCUACCUGCUCCCAAUGUUACGCGGCUGGUGUCGCCGCCACCGCGCACCUCACCACCGCCGCGGCCAACGAUAGCAAGUCGGAAUCCUGCUUCUACCUCUCCGUCCUCUACGCCGCCGGCGUAUCCAACGCCGCCGGUCCCACCUACCCACCCACCGCGGCCUGCGCCUUCGGCCUCGGCCUCUCCUCCCUUCCCUCCUCGCCGUCCAAGUCCAACAACGCGGUCAUCUACGCCACCACCAUCCCAAUCGCCUUCGUUCUCCUCGCAUCGCUCCUCGCCUUCUUUCUUUGGAGGAAGCGGAGGCAUGGCAAUAGCAAGAAGAAGAAGAAGAACCCCAAGAUCUGUGAAGAGGGGUCGGCGGAGCGGCGGUCGCACCCGCGGCCCAACACCGGCUCGAUUCUCUUCGACAUUGCCGAGCUCGCCAAGGCCACCAAUGGCUUCGCGGAGCGCAACCUCGUCGGCCGCGGCGGGUUCGGGGCCGUCUACCGCGGCGUGCUGGCGGACGGGUCCGUGGUCGCCGUCAAGAAGAUGCUGGACCCGGACAUGGAGGGCGGGGACGAGGAGUUCACCAACGAGGUGGAGAUCAUCAGCCACCUCCGGCACCGGAACCUGGUGCCGCUCCGCGGCUGCUGCAUCGCCGACGACGACAUCGAGGAAGGGAAGCAGAGGUUCCUCGUCUACGACUUCAUGCCCAACGGCGCGCUCGAGGACUUCAUCUACAGGGACAAGGAAGCGGCGGCGAAGCUGCCACCGUUGACCUGGGCGCAGCGGCGGAGCAUCAUCCUGGACGUGGCGAGGGGCUUGGAGUACCUGCAUUACGGCGUCAAGCCGGCGAUCUACCACCGGGACAUCAAGGCGACCAACAUCCUGCUCGACGGCGAGAUGCGCGCGCGCGUGGCGGACUUCGGCCUCGCCCGGCGGAGCCGCGACGGGCAGUCCCACCUGACGACGCGCGUCGCCGGGACGCACGGCUACCUGGCGCCGGAGUACGCGCUCUACGGGCAGCUCACGGAGAAGAGCGACGUGUACAGCUUCGGCGUCCUGCUCCUCGAGAUCAUGAGCGCGCGGCGCGUGCUUGACAUGACGUCGCCCGCGGGGCCCGUGCUGAUCACCGACUGGGCGUGGACGCUCGUCAAGGCCGGGCAGGCGAGGGAGGUGCUCGACGAGGCGCUGUCCACCGCCGAGAGCCCCCGGAGCGGGGUCAUGGAGAAGUUCGUGCUCGUGGGGAUCUUGUGCGCGCACGUGAUGGUGGCGCUCCGGCCGACCAUCGGCGAUGCGGUGAGGAUGCUGGAGGGGGACAUGGACGUGCCGGAGCUGCCGGACAGGCCGCUGCCGUACGGGCACAGCCUCAUGUUCAGCGAAGCCGGAAGCAACUUCAGCGCCUCGCCGGCGUUCAGUGGCCCGCUGGCCCCGUUCAUAGACAAUGGGGACAUGCUCAGUUGGCAAAGGAACGACAUCGCAUCCAUUUCUGCUGCUUCUGUUUUCCAAUGACCAUCAGUCACCAGCCAGAACAGAGAUCAAACAAGCAUAAGGUACCAAGUUAAUCGCACAUUUCAGUCCUAAUGCUGGCAUCAUUAUGACAUGGACCGGCAUUAGCCUACCAAAGUUAAAAGAGACGGACACGACCGCAUCGGAGUAACUGAAAGACAACAUUGUUCAUCCAGACUGACAUGAAAAGAAAGAUACAGAGCCAACGCUGAACGAUGAAACACAAGCUAGAAGAUGCAGGUGUAGAGCUUCAGUUCAGAGCGG